AUGGCGCGGAAGAUUCGAUUAGGAAUCAUCACGCCCUCUUCCAAUACUAGCCUCGAACCUCUCACACAAGCCAUCAUCUCCGGGCUUCCGGAUGUCACAGUUCACUUUUCUCGUUUUCGAGUCCUGAAGAUCAGCCUAGAUGACGAUGGGCUUGACCAAUUUCAGACCGAUAACUUGAUCUCAGCCGCGCAGCUUUUGGCCGAUGCCGAGGUUGACAUGAUCGGUUGGAGUGGUACCUCGUCGGGUUGGCUGGGGUUUGAAGCCGACGAGAGGUUGUGUACAGCUAUCACUGCGGCAACAGGAAUUCCCGCGACGACUUCUGUUCUCGCGCUGAACAAGGCCUUGCAGAAGUUUGACGUCAAAGAUCUUGGCUUGGUCACUCCUUACACAGAUGCUGUCCAGGAAGCCAUCAUUCGGAACUAUUCACGCCUUACGGUGAACUCAUCUUUUGGCCGCGUCGACGAAACUACGUUAGACGGUCUCGUGAGCGCUGUGGCGGCUCAGAGACCAGAAGCAAUAGCAAUAUUCUGCACAAAUUUGAGAGCAGCUCAGAGGGUGGCUUUCUGGGAGGACAAGCAUGACAUUCUCGUACUUGACACCGUUAUCACAGUCAUUUGGGAUAUGCUGCGAGAAUCCAAGAUUGAUAUGAAACACUUGGGUGAUUGGGGAAAAUUGUUCUCAAAGUAG